AUGCACGGAGAAAGCAUCCGGGUCCUCCACGGCCCCGCUCCGGGCUCCCCCAGGCCCCCCGCAGCCCGGGACCGGCGGCCGCCGCCCCCUUUCCGGCCUCGCGGGGGGAACGCGGCGCGGCCCUGCCGGGAAGGGGGCGGCGCCGGAAGCGGCCGCGCGGGGACCCCCAGCUGGCGGGCGGGGUGGGGGAGGGGCGGGGGUCGGCCGGGCCCGCCCCCCUUCCCGGAGCCCGGGGGACGCGGUGCUGACGCUGCCGGGAAAGCCCGAGGCUUCCGGGACGUGGGCGCGGCGCGUGCGCGGGCGGCCGCGACCUUCUGGGAAGCGCCUGGCGACAGGCCUCCCCCGACCCUGUUCCACGGGGCCUCCCCCAGCCCGGGCGCCCCGCCCUGCCCGCCUGGACCCCUGAGUCCCGGCGUCGCCAGCCCCGCCCGGGCAGAGCCUACUCCAGGCCUGAGGCCCCGGAAGGCCCCGUUCCGCCCCGCUGCCCUCCGCGGCUGGACCCCGAGGUACCAUAGCACCCACCUGCUGGACAUCCUGGGGCGGCACGCCAGCCAGCACUGGGACCCCCCCAGCUCGCUGACGGGGCCGUGUCCUCCAUGGGCCGACACCUGCAGCCUGCUGAGGCCCCCUUGGAAGUGCCACCCCGGCCGCCCAGAUGGUUGCCUCUGUCAGAGAACACAAGAGAGCAAGGGCCUCGGUUCAGGCAUCUGCAGUGCUACAGACCCAUCACCACUCUGGAAAGUUUUGUUUAAUGCCUCCAGUAUUUGUGCCACAGCCCCAGGCGCCCAGAUCAGAACCCCUGAAGCGGCAGCCUCCUACGGGGGCUGGCAGGAGACCUCGCACGCGUGGCUCCGUGGCCGGACUGGAAAGCACCUGUGGUCUGUCCUGUGGGGCGCCGUUUCCAGUCCCCUUGGCCGGGUAGGAGAGUGCAUUCUCGGAACCAGCGGCCAUGGCCCCUCCCCGGAGCUGCUCUGGCCCCCCCACUACCGUGGCCUUCGGGCAGCCCUGCGGGGGGCCCGCGGCCGUCCCACCUCUCGGGGGCCAACCUGUAGAAGAACAGUGGACGCAACCCGAGUGUCCCCUGCCGGAGGAAGGGACAGACAAAAUGCGGCCCGUGGGCGUCGUGGAAUAGUCCUCGGCCUUGAAAAGGAAGGAGCAGCGGACACCUGCCAGGACCUGGGGGAGCCCCGAGGACUCGGUGCUGAGUGAGACCAGCCAGACACAGAAGGACAAGUCCUGGCCCCAAUUCUAGGAGGCACCGCAGUGGUCAGACCCGGGGACAGUCGACGGUGGGGCUGGGGAGGGGGCUGCGGGGGGAGAGUGUGUGACGGGGACAGGUUCAGUUUGGGGAGACGGAAGAGUUCCGUGACAGAUGCACAGGGGGGCCGAGCUGCUUCACGCUCUGACCUGCACGCCUCGUGGUUGGAGGCUGGGCUGGGCGUCGUGGGUGUCUCACCUCAGUGGAAACGCCCGCUGCCUUGGCUGCUGCGGUGCUCCGCGCUCUGGUCCGAACCCAGCGCGCCCAUGGGGAGCCACGGAUCAAAAGCACGUGGUUUCCACGUGUGCACUGAGCCCUGUGCUGGUUAAGUCAUGCCGCACAACGUAAAGAUGGGAACAUCCGUGAUAACGACGGUGCGACUUAGUGUUUCUUUACUCAGAACAACAUUAAAUGACAAAACCACCAUGAUCAGUUGAGAAAAAGGCCACGGGAAAAUAAAAAAGUUUGUAUUUCA